AUGGCGUAUUGGGGCCCGAAAGUUCUCUACUUUGGGGCUGGUUUGUGGUGGUGCUUCGUGCCGAUGUAUUUCUUCGCAUACGACAUGGUGAGGCUAAUGGGACAAGACAAGCCCACCGGCUUAGAGGUGCUACUCAUCAAAGCCUUAGCCAUGUACUGUCUCUUCCUGGGAGUUGGCUGCUUCCUGGCUGCGAGAAGCAAUAGCUUCAUCGCAUGUAGUGUGUCCUUAUGGACGAUGCUGGGGAUCUGCGCCUACUUCGCCCUCGUAUUCUACCCCUUCGAUGUCCGUCUCGCCAACAGUCCUUAUUUUGGGACCCCAACCUACUUCGCCAUUUGGUUUUCCUGGAUCCUGAGCGUUGCGCUUGUUGUGGCAGCCCUUUUUCACGACUACCGCUUGCCAGCAGAAGAAAGCCUCUGCCAAUCUGAUUGA